AUGUCCUCGGCUGCGGCCGCCGCUGCGGGGAUCAUCGCCGGGCGGGUGCUCGAGGCGGGGCUGCUACUCGAGGCGUUUGGCAACGCGCGCACCGUACGCAACUCGAACUCGUCUCGCUUCGGCAAGUGGCAGACCCUCCACUUCAGCGCGUCCGGCCGCGUCGCCGGCUGCUCGAUCGCGCACUUCCUGCUCGAGACCUCUCGCGUCUCGUCGCACCCUGCGGGCGAGCGCAACUACCACAUCUUCUACCAGCUGCUCGGGGGCGCCUCGGCCAAGCAGCGCGCCGCCUGGCGCCUCAAGCCGCAGGCGGAGGCGCACGCCUAUGCGCGCUGGACCCCGGCCGAGCCGCCUCUGAAGCAGCAGCGAGGCGCGAUGGCGAAAGAGGCGACGCCACAGGCGGAGGCGUACGUCGGAGGGAAGGACGACGCCGCCGGGUGGGUGGAGACGUGCUCGCGGCUCACCGCGCUCGGCUUCAGCGACGCGCAGCGCGAGGCGGCCUUCACCGUCCUCGCCGCCGUCCUCGCGCUCGGUGAUGUCUCCUUCAAGGAGGGAGGGCGAGGCCGCGGAGGCAGCGACGCCGCCGCGCCGGCGGAGCCCGCGGCGGCCGACGGCGCAGCGAGCCUGCUCGGCGUGCGGAGUAGCGCGCUCGUGCUCGCCCUCACCACGCGGAGGGUGGUGGCGGGCGGGGAGGCUGUCACCGUCCACCUCGACACAGCCGCCGCCGCAGCCGCGCGCGACGACCUCGCGCGGCGCGUCUACUCGGCGCUGUGGAGCCACGUGCUGGGGCGCGUGAACGAGGCGCUCGGCGGCGGCGGCGGCGAGGCGCGCACGAUCGGGCUGCUCGACGUCUUCGGCUUCGAGUCGUUUGAGCGGAACGGCUUCGAGCAGCUGUGCAUCAACUAUGCAAACGAGGUGCUGCAAGGCUGGUUCAUGGACGCGCUCAUCAAGCGCGAGCAGGCCGAGUACGCGCGCGAGGGCGUGGUCUGCGACCACAUCGAGUACCCGUCCAACGCCGAGCAGGUCUCCAUGCUGGGCGGCAAGGGCGGCAUCUUCGCCCUCCUUGACGAGGAGUGCCGCAUCCCGCGAGGCUCGGACGAGGCGCUCGUGGAAAAGAUGCACGCCGUCUUCGAAAAGUCGAGGCCGGGCCUCUACUCGCGCGCCCGCUUCGGCGCCGGCGCGGCGGGCGCGGCCCUGGCGGCUGAGGUCGGGCCGGAGACCCUCUUCUGCGUGCGGCACUACGCGGAGGAGGUGCAGUACACCGCGCGCGGCUGGCUCGACAAGAACCGCUCCGCCGUCCGGCACGAGGUGACGGAGCUGCUCGCCGGCUCCGACUACCCGCUCCUCUCCCUCCCCUCCGGCGCCGCCCUCGAGGCGCCGCCCCUUUCCACCGGCCAGUCUUCACGCGCGCCCUCCGUCUCUGGCGUCUUCCGCGAGUCGCUCCGCUCGCUCGGCGCAGCGCUGCUCGUGACGCAGCAGCACUUUGUCCGCUGCAUCAAGCCAAACUCCACCAAGACGCCCCACUCCCUCGACGCCGCCUACGUCCAGCGGCAGCUGCGCUACCUCGGCGUGGGCGCCGUCCUCGAGAUCGGGCGCGCGGGCUACCAGGUCAAGCUGCCGUAUGCCUCCUUCCUCGGCCGCUACCGCUGCGUCGUCUUCGACCAGCCCGGUCUGCUCGACGGGCCGCCGCGGGAGGCGGCGGAGCGGCUGCUGCGGGCGGCGGCCGGCAAACUGGACGGCAACCCGGACUGGCUCGCCAGCCGCGAGGCGCAGCUAGGCACGUCCAAGCUCUUCAUGCGCCCCGCGGUCGCCGCCGCUCUCGACGUCCCUCGCCUCGCCGCGCGCCGCAGAGCCGCCGUCGCAGUGCAGGCAGUCGCGCGCGCGCGGCUCGGCAGACGCAUCGCCGCUCUCCUCCGCACGCACAGGCCCGCGCUCGACGCGGCAACCGCCGCGCUCGCCGCCGACGGAGCCCCGCGGCCGCUCUUCGAGGCCGAGUCCAGCCUCGACCGUGCGAGUAAGGGGCUCCGCCAGGCGCAGCGCGGCUUCGCGGCGGCGAGGCUGCCGGCGGCGCUCGAGGUUCCUCCGCUGCCCCGGAUGAGGGAGCGGCUCGAGGCGGUCGGCGCGGAGGUGAGCGCGCUCGAGCGCGGGCUCUCCGCGGAGAAGCGCGCGCUGCGCGCCCUCGAGCUCGAGGUGCAAAAGGCGGAGGCGGACAAGCUCCUCUUCGCGACGGCCGAGGCGCGCGCGGCGCUCAAGCGCGCAUCGGACGACAUGGGCUCGCUCGCCUCGUCGCUCGGCUCCGACUACGAGGGCGAGCACCACUCUCCGCGCCUCGCGGCCUUCCACGAGCUCAAGAGCGCCCUCGCCGACGCCACCGACGCCGCGUGCGGCCUCACCUGCGAGCUCAUCGCCGCGCUCGGCGCGGCGCAGGGGCUGGUCGACGAGCGGUUUGGGACGAUGCUCUCAGAGUGGGAGGAGCGGAUGGCGCUCGAGCGCGCCGCGAAGGAGGGGGCGCGGCUCGAGGUUGCCGCGGCGGAGGAGGAGUGGCUGUGCGGGCAGGCCGAUUCGGGCGCCAUCGAGCAGCGCAAGGUUGCCUUUCGCAACGCCCUCGACCCGCGCUCGCUCGUGCC